AUUUAUAUUAACUUACGUUCCUUAUUUUCACUGGUUUUAUCGGCUCUUUUAGCGUUUGAUUUCCGCAAUUUCUUAGCUGUAAAUAAAUUUUCAAAUCAAAACAAAAACAUCCAGUUAAAAUUAAAUUAAUUGCACGCCAUGGCUACGUCGAGAGGUGCGGAUAAUGUGAGCCUGACAAACACAGAACAGGAGGAGCAGCAGCCUGAGACGGAUCAUGAUCCCGAGAAGUUCACCGUACGAUUGAAUGGACAAAAGGAUUUGGAGCAGCGACUGAGGGAGUUUAAAGCUGCCUGCGAUGCGCAUGAGAAGCAUGCGAGAAAACGACGCCGUCGUCGCUACUAUCACAUGGGCCUAAUGGCCAAAGUUGUGAUGGAGACGACGCACGACGAGCUCCGUCGCAUGCUGGAGCACGGAACCUUCACAUUUCACGUCGACAUGGUGGCCUUCAAGCCCGAUGAAUUGGCCACCAUAAUGGAAACUCUAAACAUUGCCAUUUCCGCACAUGCAGAUGAAAGGGAACUCCGCACUGCAACAGGAUUAGCCGUGGAAAUCAACGGCGACUGUUGCCGUAUCGGACGACUGAGAAACAACUGUACGACAAUGUUGGCACGAGGCGCAGUCGUUACGUUGACCACGAAUCCGGCUUAUCGCUAUGCCGGCUUCAGGGAAAUUGUCUAUGUCAUCAAUCUGCACGCCUAUCUCAGUGCCAUUCGAUUGAAUGAUGUGCUACUCAUUGGACCGGAGAUACGUUGUCGUGUGGUCAAGACAUUGAAUGAGGCUUUGGCCGUAUUGAUUAUCGAUGCGGGAUUGUUAACCUCGUAUGACUUCAUUGAACUCCCUGGACAGUGUCAGGCAUUGGCGCCUGAAGUGUAUCCCGAAUUGUUUAUGAGUGAUCUGGAACGUGCCGUUGCCCUUAAAGCCAACUAUGUGGUGAUGCCAAAGAUCCGUUGCAAGGCAUUCCUGCGCGCAUUGUCUCAGGUAGUUAAAGCCGAUUUCAACUUAAAGCUCAUUGGUUGCAUAGACUUUGAAUACGUGCGCAACAAUAUGCUGGAUCUGCUGGGUAUUAUCAAGCUGUUGGACUACAUCUGGAUACCGGACAUGUUUAAUGUGAGCUGUUGCGUCUACAACUACAUCAUGGAGGAUGCAUUGCCCAUUGCACACUGUCAGAAGAAGCCCGUCAUUGGCACUGUGCCGCUGGAGCGUUGCAACGACUUCAAGCGCUUCGAGCUGCACGAGUUCCUCUGGAAGAUCGAUACCAUACACAUGCAGAAGAGUCCGUGGUGCAACAAGUAUCCCUUGAUUGUGAAAAAACUGAUGCCCAUUCGAGACUAUCGCGUUGGCGUGGUACAAAACCAACAGCAGGUGAAGAGUAUUCUGACUUCCUACCAGACGAUCGUCAACUUUAUCAUACGAACAAUAUCAACCAUCGAGUGCCAGGCGAUAUUUGUUUUUACAAAGUGUGAGAACGCAAGUGUCGCCUUGGCUCGCUCCGAGAUCUAUUGUCCUGUUUAUAUGAUGAUGCCACUCAACGAGGAUGAUGACGAGACGACGGUCAACUGCAAAUUCGAUUUAGCCCGAACGCUGCACCUGCGACGUAAUAUGCAUCCCAUAUUAUACACUACCGAUAUCAACGAAUGUGGCUAUAGUCCAAUUGAAUUUGGUGUGGAAUUCAUGCGCCGCAAGGGCUGUCUGGAGGUGGGAGACUUCGUGGUCACCCUGGAGGUGGGCAAGGAGGAAGAGGACAACGUUGUGCUUGGCGUUGGCGAAGAUGUCUGCAUUCUGCGGGCUUUCUACGUGGCGCCCGUCUUUAACUGUGAGAAAUUCAAAUAUGGUACAUGAAUCCCCAUUUGUAACUGAUUCCGUGACGUGCAGUUGUACAGACAAUUCUUAGGAUGACUCCAAAUUAAAUGUAUGUAAUCUAUACAGA